AUGAGUCCCGCCGGACUCCUCCAGCCACUUGAUGUUCCCUUUGACCCGUUCUUCCGAGUUGGCCUGGACCUCCUAGGUUCUUUUCCUGCAUCUGUUUCCGGAAACAAGUGGAUAGCUGUCGCGACGGAUUACACAACCCGUCCUACCAAAAGCAUAGUCUUCUUUAUGCUUUUCGCAACCAGCCAAGGGUUGCCCGCGGAAAAAGCUUCAAAGCCUCCACACAUCAUUUUCAUUCUGGCUGAUGACCUUGGUUGGAACGACGUCAGUUUCCACGGUUCCCGGCAGAUUCCGACGCCGAACAUCGAUGCCCUGGCCGCGACGGGCAUCAUCCUGCAACGCCACUACACGCCAACAGUGUGCACACCUUCUCGUGCCUCUUUGUUCACGUCUAUCUACCCGGCUCGAAGCGGCGUGGGCUACGGGGUACUCGUGCCAGCCGCGAAGGCCGCCGUACCAUUGAAGUACGAGCUUCUACCGCAGUGGUUCAAGCGGCUGGGAUACAGCACUCAUAUGGUCGGAAAGUGGCACCUGGGAUAUAGGAGCAUGGAGCACACACCAACAUGGCGCGGUUUUGACACGUUCUUCGGAUACUACAACGGCGAAAUGGCCUAUUAUAAUCACACCGUCACAGGAUCUGUCACCGACCUCAGAGGCACGUACUCGACGCAAGCCUUCACAGACGAAGCUAAACACAUCAUCGCCAAUCACAAUGUUGAAGAGCCCCUAUUUCUGUACCUGAGCUACCAAGCAGUUCAUUCCACCUGCGAAGAUACCAAGCCUGAGGCACCACAAGAGACUGUGGAUAAGUACAGCUACAUCACAAACUAUAACCGCAGCGUCUUUGCAGGCGCACUCCACGUCCUGGAUCACUCUGUGGGUGAGGUUUUGUCGGCGCUUCAGUCGCGCGACAUGCUCGCCGACAGCGUGGUGGUGUUCACCAGCGACAACGGGGGUGGGCCGAUGGACGCUUCGCUAAGUGUUCCCAACACUGGCAACAACUGGCCCUUGCGUGGCUCCAAGGGGGACAUGUGGGAAGGGGGCAUGCGAGUACCGGCGGUGCUCUGGUAUGGACGACUAAACAGCUGCCGACCACGACGACCUUCGCAGCAGCUGAUGCACAUUGUCGACUGGGGGCCCACACUAUACGCGGCUGCAGGCGGAGACGUUUCGGACCUCGGUGACGUAGACGGAAGGAACCUCUGGGAGGCAUUGACUACGUUCAAGGACAUCGGGCACGAAGACGUGGUCCUAGAGAUCGAAGGUUGGAAGGAUGCGGCGGCCAUCAUCUCCGGCAGGUACAAGCUGGUAAACCGUUCUGAGGAUCCCUGUGAACCGUACCUGAAUAACCGAGUGCCUCUCCCGGAAGGAGAUCCCCCCGGAGGCCUCGACCUGGAUGCCCUGAUGGUGUCAUCCGACGCAUGGAAAGCAGUGCACGAAGCGACCAUCCACUCGGACCCACGCUUCUGGUCUCCGCCUAGACCCAACUGGCGCCAAGAGGCAACGAUUGCGUGCAGCGCCAGCGGCGAGCCAACGGUCAAUUUCGAUCCGUGCGAGGACGUCUUUGUCUUCGACAUCUUCAACGACCCGUGCGAGCUUAACAAUCUGGCGUCCUCUCAGCCUGAGUUGCGGGACGGUUUGCUAAAAAAACUGGCAACCUACCGACUGAUCUUAUCUCCUCGUCCUUCGAACGCGGAAGUGGACGAGCGGGGUCAUCCGCAACACCACGACUGCACCUGGUCUCCGUGGGUGGACGUGGAGCCUUCGCCGCAAAUGGCUUGCCCCUGCUGA